AUGACAUUCGACGCUUUCUCCCCUCGGGAGGUGACCGAGAUGGUCUCAAAUGCCGGAGUCCUCAAGGGAAACAUGCGAUUAGACAAGGUAUUCAUGAGCGCAGCCUCUGCGGGCGCUUUGCUUGCCUUUGCAUGCGGGACUGCACUUAGCACGAAUGCUACACCAUGGUUCCAAACCAAUGCCCCCGGUUUGAUGCGAACUAUCAGCGCAUUGGUCUUCCCCUAUGGCUUGUGCAUGAUCUUGUUGACAGGCGCAGAGCUUUGCACGGGCUCUUUCAUGUUUACCACAACAGCCGCACUCCACAGACGCCUACCGUGGACAAAGAUGUUGAUUCACUGGGUAGUAACAUUCCUCGGCAACCUAGCCGGAUCUCUAUUCAUCGUGGCCAUUAUCUUCGGAUACGGCAACGUAUUCUCAGCAGAACCAUUCAAAUCAGCAGUAAUCUCGUUCGCAACCAAAAAGCAAGUAACACCCGAAUUCCACAUGAUCUUCUUGCGUGGCAUCGGAUGCAACUGGCUAGUAUGUCUAGCAUGCUUUUUCAGCUGCAAGGCCGCGACCUAG